UACAUUUUUUAACUUCAGUGUACUGUUUUUCUUGACCUUUAUGAUGAUUAAUUUUUAUGGGUCUGGGUUUUAAACGUGCCUUGUGGUAGUCGCUCUUCGGUGAUUCUGUUGCACCAGAGCCCUGCCGUCAUUGCACCUAUCUUCGUACCUUCUCAUCCAAAGCAUUUUUUAAUGUUCAUCUCGUCCAUGCACAACCCUUUUAGUUUAAUUGUCGUUUGGUGCCAUCUAGUGGCGCCCUGCAGUACUGCAUCCCCGACUUGGCCAGGGCAGGAACAUCGGUGCCGCCGCAUCUACUGUGGAGUUUAAGCCGCAACGCGGGUUUCAUCUUGAAAGAUCUCGCAGAUAAAAGGCUCGACAGCAUAUUUGACAGUGGACGAGUAAUUCUGAAUUUAAGUGAGACCCAUUUGAAGGAUCUUAGAGGAAUUCAAGAGAAAGUGGAAGAAGACUUAGUGGAGGAUGUUCAACGUGGACAAGUGUGCAGGGCUUUUGCACAGAAGAAGUGAAACAUAAAAUACAAAAAUGGGAAACGCUGAGCCUCAUAAGAAUAUCAUAAGGUAAGGCCUCAUUAGAAUAUCGUGUACAAUUAUGGCCACCGUGUUAAAGAGGAGAUAUUGCUGCUCUCGAGUAAGACCAGGGAAGAGUCACCGGGUUCAUUCUGGGGCUUCAGGGAAAGUCAGGCUGAAGGAACUCCGCUUGUUUACACUUCCACAGAGUAGACUACGAAGAGAACAGACACGAGUAUUCACAAUACUGCGGAAGUCCAGCCAGCGUACUGCUCUAGAAGGAAGAGUGGACAACGAGGCAGAGGACGCAAGUGAAAACUAACUGAAAGUGCAUUUAAAACCAAGAACAGGAAACACUACUUCACCGAAGGUGUGAGGGAGCACGGAACAGACCACCCAGCAGCGUUGCUGAAGGCGAUAACCUGGCUUUUUUUUUAGAAAGAGCUUCAUUCAGGACCGGAGGCGUUAUUUUUACACAAAGGGUUGUGGGUGUAUGGAACAAGCUACCCUGCCGUGUAGUUGAAUCCGAUCCUUCGGCGUCUUUCAAGAAUGGAUGAGAUCCGUGGACUAAUUCACUGUUAACUACCUGACGCGCUGGGUGAGCCUGAAGAUGGGAGAUAGCUUCUUCUCCUUUUGAAACUUUUAAUGAAUGUGCUCUUAAAACAACAAACAACGCGUCGUCGGGCAAGUUGGAUUUGACGUGGCCUGAAACAAUUGACUCAGCCUGUUAGACAAACGAUUCAGGGCGGAAAAUGUGGUCGGAGGAUUUGUGGGAAAUCCCGCGCAGUGAUUUGCGAUGUUAUUACAUUGCGACAAUCUGUUAAAACCGAGGACGUAGUAGUUACGUCAACGUGACACGUGCCUUCCACGUCAGACUGCGUCAUAAAAUUUCUCCGGGACUUCAGUCGCAAAUCCUAAAAACCGGCACUGUGGAUGUUACUGAAGGAAAUAACAAAAAGAGUUUGUAUUAGGUCUGAAACAAUGCUAUAACACAGUUCUGAAACACGAACAACGCCAGAAGAACAACGAUAAAAGGGGCAAAGCAAUUCUGAAAAGGAGAGAUGACGUCGAGGUGUCACACUUUUAGCUUACAGCGCGCAUCAGUGGUGCGCUGCAGGCCCGUGUGCCGGGUGUUCACCGCGGCGUGGAGCGGAGAGCCCGUGGAUUCCCCCCUUUCCUCGCGCGGAGCUCCCAGACCAGCAGGAGGAGAGGUGGUGGUGGGAGAGGAGAGAGGAGGGGGGGGUGAAUCGUGCGCAUGCGCCGCGACAGGCCGCGAUGGCGCUGAGAACGGGCAUCGUCAGGCUCCUCUGAGUCUCCACUCCAGGCGAGGAUCCGGGAGGAGGAAGCCGCACUCGAGUGGGAUAGGGACGUACGGCGGGACCGCUCUCGGUACGCGCAGCCCAGAGAAUCGCAUGCGACACCGCCGCAGCCCAGACGCGCUACUCCGGAGGUGCACUUUGCGUUGUUCUGAUUCAGCCUGCGCCGUCUCCCAGCCUGGCUGCGCGGACCGCCGGGGAGAAACGUGCGAUCAGAGUGAUGCACUAACUGUACAGCAGACCAGUCUGUGGGGAGUCCAAGCGUCACAGUCUGGGCAGAAGUGUCCCGUCUCUACAGGACCCCCCCCAGCAGUGACCGAGGGUAUCCUGACUGCAAGGCGCUACACUGUUCAAGUCCCGGGAGCUCCUCCUGAUGGGAGCCCAUUCCAGUCCUCCUGCUGCCCAGGAACAGAUCCGGGCCGCUGUGCUGCGGCUGUCCCAGCCCCCAGACUGCAGCUGCACUGAACACGCGUGGGAGGAGCUGGGACGUGUGGCAGCCGGGGCUCAGAGCCCAGAGAACGGGCUCAUGCUUGUCCCGGCUCUGCAGGAGGACUGGGUGAAUCUGAAGGGUACACCAGGAGCCCCAGGGGUACAGCCUAAAUUAUCUCCAGCAGAGGCGACUCCUGUACCAGCCUGUGACUUUCCCAGCUGACUCCUUGUUCCUUGUUGAUGACAAUUGUUAAUCAGCAUAACGCAUCUACCUGGGUUGUAUCUGUACAAUAAGGUGUCAGUGCACCUGCUACAAAAACAAAGGUCGUUUUCCCGAUAGUUACUUUGUGAAUUUGGUGGCGUUGUAAAUUGGAAGUUUCUUUCUCACUCAGUAUAUCAGAUGGUUAUGUGCUUUGUGUUCGAAGAGCUUUCCAGUUUGAAUGGGUCAUCCCAGGUUGUGUAAAAGCUGUGAUGAACUGGUUCUGAAAAGCGAUUCACCUGAAAAAGGAGACGUCUUUGUGUGAGCGUUGCCCACAGCGAUGGCCAGCAAGCAGGCACUGACGCUGGGCGGGGAAUGUGGCCAAGCUCUGCAGGCUGAUUGGCUGCUGACGAUGUCGUUCGGCCUGCUUCGGGGCAGGAGAGCGGACUCUCUCUCACAGUGCAGUGCCAACAACACUGAAGCUGGCACAGGGCUUUUUGAAGAAGCCAGUCAUUUCGGCUGUGGGCUGGGCUGCUUACACCAGACAGGAACUUGGCAUUUUGCAUGCCAGGGCUAUGACCCGAUCUUCCUGUCGCUCAAGCCUGACGCCUGCUCUGCUGUCCUCCGGUCACAGAUAUUAGUGCAGCCUCAAAACAAAUGGUACAAGUAGACCAGUGCUGUUGACGCAAACAUUUUCUCUCGACUCCAGUUGACACAGGGUGGGCCCAUGCUGUACAUGUCAUGUGGUGCUGCCCCCUUGUGAAGGGGAUGAUAACCACAGCAGUUACAGCAUAAAAGCACCCUCUGGCCAAAAUAAUAGGAACACCCAGUCAAAUAGCUGCUUUCAGCAGCAAGCAGUGUGUGGUUGGUUUGAGGGUCACAGGGCAGAGUGUUAUUAUCUUCCCUGACCAGAAUAGUCCCCAGGUCUCAAAUCUAUUGACAACUGGUGGAACCUGUUGACUCCCACACCCCUGUUACUCACAUCAUCACCUCAGCUGCAAGCGUUCGUCCUCCCUGUUGGAGGGGAUGGGCUGCAAAUAUUUGAUCACAACAAGAUCCUAAACCACAUCCUGCUGAGGCUGCUUUCAGAAGCUCACAUGCGUUGCUCGGUGAAGUUUCCUAAUAUUUCUAACAUUUUGACCAGCGUACACGAUAAGAAGACAUUCCAGAACUGUGCAUCAGUCAGUGCCUUGCAGCACAAUCUUCGCAUGUUAAGAAAGCAUGCCCAAGCAGAGCAUGGUUUCACACUCUUCUCUGGAGGAGACGAUGUGUGCAAAACCCUGUGUCCAGCCGGACAGCGGGACUGACUUCCAGCAGCCUGAAUACUGGAAUAUCAGCCUGAAUGUGGAGGAUUUUCUGUAUUUCUUUUGGGCACCUCCAGCCCUUCCUGGAAAAUCUGUUGUUGCUCCUCUUACCUUGCUGACACUUUUAUCCAAAGCAACUUAUAUUUGUAGCCUUAUAUGUAGAGGAGAAUUUUACUGGAGCAGCCUGAGUGAAGUUCCUUGAUCCAGGGUGCACCAGCAGUAUCUCACCUAGGAUUUAAACCCUCAACCUUCCAGUUCCGGGUCCAGAGCCCUGAAUGCUCUAAGCAUCAAGAAGUACCGAACAAGUCAUUCACUGUUCUGGAGCCCUGGUUUAUCAUCUGAAGUUAGCAGGGUAGCUGAGACCUGGCUGUUCCAGCACAUUCCUGAAGGCAAGUUAACAGACUAUUAUUAGAAAGCAGAAGGACGCGAUAAUCUUAUCAUCUGACUAAAGGAUUUUUAAAUUUAUUUUUGCUCCUCAGUCUAGAUCCCUGUGGCUAAUUCUAAUCCCAGCAACUCUAUUGUGCUCACAAGAUGCUCUUCUGUGUCUUUUGUGCUGACUGUGCUGCAGGAUUGCUGCGCUAGCCCCAGUAACUCUUAGUAAUGUCUCGGCUGUUAAAAACCAGUGUGUCUGCAUCUUCCUUCCUAUUUUGCAGAAGUGUGUUUAACCGAGCUGGGUUAAAACUGCACAGUUGCAAUGACAUCCUGAAUGCCUCAUCUGUUCUCUGAUGGUUGUUGGGUGUGAUUCCACUGAUCUUGGAUUAACUGCCUCAGCUUUCAGAAUUACUUGAUGUCCAGAUAAUUUUGGGAGAACAACG